AUGUGGAAGCUGAAGGUAGGGGCAGAGACAGUAGGAGGAGAAAGUGGAGGUCAGUGGCUGAAGAGUGUGAACAACCACUUGGGCCGCCAAGUGUGGGAGUUCCAUCCAGAGAUUGGAACCCCAGAAGAGCUUCAACAAAUUGAAGAUGCCCGCAAGGCUUUCUGGAACAAUCGUUUCGAAAGGCGGCACAGCUCUGACCUCCUCAUGAGCAUUCAGCUGCCGCCUGAAGUAUGGCUAUGUCCUUACUCCCUGCCAUUUCAUCCAGGAAGAAUGUGGUGUCAUUGCCGAAUGGUGUAUUUGCCUAUGUCGUAUUUGUAUGGGAAAAGGUUUGUUGGACCUAUCACACCCACAAUCCGGUCAUUGAGGAAGGAGCUUUAUACAGUCCCCUAUCAUGAAGUUGACUGGAAUAAAGCUCGCAAUCUAUGUGCAAAGGAAGAUCUAUACUAUCCACACCCAAUGGUACAAGAUGUCUUGUGGGGGUCUCUUCACUAUGUUUAUGAACCUGUUUUCACACGUUGGCCUGCAAAACAAUUGAGGGAGAGUGCUUUGAAGACUGUAAUGCAGCAUAUUCAUUAUGAAGAUGAAAAUACUCGGUACAUAUGCAUAGGGCCUGUUAACAAGGUGUUAAAUAUGCUUUGUUGUUGGGCGGAGGAUCCAAACUCAGAGGCAUUCAAAUUGCAUCUCCCGAGAAUCCCUGAUUAUUUGUGGAUUGCUGAAGAUGGCAUGAAAAUGCAGGGCUACAGUGGAAGUCAAGCAUGGGAUACUUCUUUUGCCAUUCAAGCGAUUAUAUCAACUAACCUCGUUGAAGAAUAUGGACCUACUUUAAGAAAAGCGCAUCAGUAUAUCAAAGAUUCCCAGGUCUUGGAAGAUUGUCCUGGAGAACUGGAUUAUUGGUAUCGUCACAUUUCAAAAGGUGCUUGGCCAUUCUCAACAGCAGAUCAUGGGUGGCCUAUCUCUGACUGCACAGCUGAAGGACUGAAAGCUGCCUUAUUACUAUCGAAACUUCCAACACAAACAGUUGGUGAAUCAUUGGAUAUGAAGCGAUUUUAUGAUGCUGUAAAUGUUACCCUUUCCUUACAGAAUGACGAUGGUGGUUUUGCCACUUAUGAACUAACUAGAUCGUAUCAGUGGUUAGAGCUAAUCAACCCUGCUGAAACUUUUGGUGACAUCGUCAUUGAUUAUCCAUAUGUUGAAUGCACCUCAGCAGCAAUUCAAGCACUUGCAUUGUUCAAAAGGUUAUGUCCUGGGCAUAGGAGUGAUGAAAUAGAAAACUGCAUUGCUCGUGCUGCAAAGUUCAUUGAAACGAUACAAGCAGCAGAUGGAUCUUGGUAUGGUUCCUGGGGAGUAUGCUUCACCUAUGCUGGCUGGUUUGGAAUAAAGGGGUUAGUUGCCGCGGGAAGGACAUACGAAGACUGCUCAAGCAUCCAUAAAGCAUGCGACUUUUUGUUAUCCAAAGAGCUUCCUUCAGGUGGAUGGGGAGAAAGCUAUCUAUCAUGUCAGAACAAGGUGUAUACAAAUCUCAAGGACAAUAGGCCAAAUAUAGUUCAAACUGCAUGGGCUAUGUUGGCCCUUAUUGGUGCUGGGCAGGCUAAGAGAGACCCAACUCCGUUGCAUCGGGCAGCUAGAGUACUAAUCAAUUCUCAAAUGAAAAAUGGAGAUUUCCCUCAGAAGGAGAUCACUGGUGUCUUCAACAAGAACUGUAUGAUCAGCUAUUCAGCCUACCGGAACAUUUUUCCCAUUUGGGCCCUUGGAGAAUAUCGUUGCCGAGUAUUGGAGGCUCUCUGAAUGACGUCUGUUUAUUGUUCAACGCUUAGUACUCCGGAUAAUGAACUGUUGUUUAUAAACCUGUGUGAUUGCUCCUUAAAUUCAGCUCAAAACAAUGUAAUUCAAUUGCUAACAUAUUUCAUAAUCUUAUUGUUAUUAAUUUCCCA